AACAGCAACAGCAGCACAAUGCCGCAAUACGUGCCAAUAACGGGCUUCAAGCAGCUGGAGGAUGCACUGAAGGUGCACGCGAAGAGCAACUGCCUCAUCUAUAUGUAUUUCUUUGGCGAGAAGGACAGCAAGGGUCGCAGCUGGUGUCCCGACUGUGUGGCAGUCGAGGAUCUGGUGGAGACGGCAUUCCGUGAAUAUGCGCAUCCAAAUUCCCUGAUCUAUACUGUGAAUGUGGGCGAUCGCGACGCCUGGAAGGAUAAAUCGCCGGCCAACAAAUUUCGCCAGUCGCCGUUCAAUCUGACCGUUAUACCGGCGCUGCUGCGCUGGAACAACUCGGAGCGUUUGGAUGGCGAUCAGCUGCUGAAGCCCGAACUGCUGAAGCUCUUCUUCGACGAGGCAAAGUCGCAGAGCGCCACCGACAAUACAAUUCCAUGCAAAUAAUAAUAGUGAAUAAGCCGCAUAACUGUAUUUGACCGCUAGCCAGCGAAGGUUGGCGCUCGUGUAGUUGUGUGUGUGCGUGUCUGUGUGUUUGUGUGCGCCGAGUGUGCGAAUGCAUGUGCGUGCGUG